GCGACACGAUAAACACAGUGGGAGAUACCAAGUCCGUAGCGCACAGGCCGCCUGCCCCUCUCACUCUCCAGUGGAAUGAUCGUACUACCCGCCGCUGUGUUCCUCGCUCUGCUGGUUUUCUCUCAAGCAGCAAACCCAUGCUGUUCAAAUCCCUGUCAAAACCAAGGGGUAUGCAUGACUGUUGGCUUUGACCGCUAUGAAUGCGACUGCACGAGAACUGGCUUCUAUGGAGAAAACUGCACUAAACCGGAAUUUUUAUCAUGGUUGAGGCUGAAGCUGAAGCCGACCCCCAACACCGUACACUAUAUCUUGUCUCACUUCAAGGGAGUAUGGAAUAUAGUCAACAGCAUGUCCUUCCUGCGGGACGCCAUUAUGAGAUACGUCUUGACAUCACGGUCGCACCUGAUUGACAGCCCACCCACCUAUAACAGCCACUAUACAUAUAAAAACUGGGAGACAUACUCCAACCUGUCCUAUUAUACUCGUUCCUUGCCUCCUGUGGAACGUGACUGCCCUACCCCAAUGGGAGUUAAAGGACUGAAAGAACUUCCAAGUUCAAAGUUGGUAGUGGAGAAAUUCCUGAUGCGAAGAAAAUUUAUUCCUGACCCUCAAGGCACCAACGUUAUGUUUGCUUUCUUUGCUCAACACUUCACACACCAGUUCUUCAAAACGGAUAUGGCAAAAGGGGCUGCCUUCACCAAAGCAUUAGGCCAUGGGGUUGAUCUCAAUCAUGUCUAUGGGGAAAGCUUAGAAAGGCAACAUAAACUGCGUUUAAUGAAGGGCGGAAAAUUAAAAUAUCAGAUGAUAGAUGGGGAUAUGUACCCACCAACAGUGAAAAGUUCAGGAGUAGAUAUGGCGUACCCACCCCAUGUUCCAGAACAUGUUCAGUUUGCUGUCGGGCAAGAAGUUUUUGGUCUUGUUCCUGGGCUUAUGAUGUAUUCCACAAUAUGGUUACGGGAGCACAAUCGAGUUUGUGACAUACUUGCCGGGGAGCAUCCAGAAUGGGACGAUGAACGUAUUUUCCAAACGGCAAGACUUAUUUUGAUUGGUGAAACUAUCAAGAUUGUCAUAGAGGACUAUGUACAGCACCUCAGUGGCUAUCACUUCAAACUCAAAUUCGACCCACAACUGUUAUUCAACCAGAGAUUCCAGUAUCAAAAUAGAAUUGCUGCAGAAUUCAAUACCCUGUACCAUUGGCAUCCCCUCCUACCCGACACAUUUGCCAUCAAUGAAAAGGAGUACAGUUACCCACAGUUUCUCUACAACAAUUCGGUGAUGAUAGACCAUGGCCUUACCCAGAUGGUUGAAUCUUUCAGCAGACAGUCGGCAGGAAGGGUUGCUGGGGGUAGAAAUUUCCCUGCAGCUAUAACUAGAGUAGCUGUGGCAUCCAUUGAGCACAGUAGAGAGAUGAGAUACCAGUCACUGAAUGAAUACCGGAAGCGUUUCAUGCUCAAACCCUUUGAGACGUUCGAAGAGCUGACAGGAGAGAAAGAAAUGUCAGCUGAACUUGAGAAACUAUACGGUGAUAUUGAUGCCAUGGAGCUCUAUCCUGGACUUCUUGUGGAACAGCCGCGCCCUGGAGCUAUUUUUGGAGAGACAAUGGUAGAGAUGGGAGCUCCAUUCUCUCUAAAAGGCCUAAUGGGAAAUCCCAUAUGCUCUCCUGAAUACUGGAAACCUAGUACCUUUGGCGGAAGCGUGGGGUUUGAUAUUGUAAAUUCCGCCUCUUUCCAAAAGCUGAUUUGCAACAACGUGAGAGACUGUCCUUACACCGCCUUUCAUGUGCUAAAAAACAAGCCUUCCGGAAAGGAUUUCAUUAAUGCGAGUUCAGAUUCAACACUGGAGAAUGUAAAGCCAUCUUUAAUCCUGAAAGAGCAUGCGUCCGAACUUUAAACUGACACUUCAGUAUCGACAAAGUAUUUAUUUGUCUGAAACCACUGUCACAUUUGUAUAUAGUAUACACAAUGCUGGUUGGGAUUGAUAGGAUUACUGGGUGGGCAUAAAGACCAGCAGGGUUCAAACUCUUUCAAAACAACCUUUAUUUUCUUUCUUUUGUUUUACAUUACGGGGGGUUAAUUUAUUUAUUUAUUUUUUAUAAUUUAAAUGUCCUGUGCUGCCUCAACAUGUCUUUUGGUUGUCAAUAUAUAUUAAUAUAUAAUAUGAUUAUAUAUUAAUAAAUAUGUAUAUAUCCUCACUGUAUUUCACAAACAACUUCCUAGUAGCUUCAAAUCAUGUCAUCUGUAUACAAAUCCUGCAUAUAUUUGAAUAUGUGCAUUUGAUAGAUAUACAAAACAAUUAAGCCUUAAAUCAAUCAUCACUUGUCUUCCAAAAUGUGUUUUGGAGGUGCAGUGAGCUCGUCUUUCAAACCAAUAUAUACAUAUACUGUACAUUAGUUCUUUAAAAAAUCCAGUAAAACCACAGGUUCAUUGUUGAAACUCUUACUUGAAAUAUAACUAACUGCACUGGACACUGGGACAGUGAAGUCUGAUAGAGCCAUCUUAUUGGUUAAAGUUAAUUGUUUCUUAACAUUGAUUUACCAUGCUGCUAGUUGUUCAUGAUAUUUAAGGAAAUAUAUUGUAUAUAUAAAUAAUAUAUUAUUUAAAAAA